AAUUCAAUUGAUAUAUCAGAUUGAACAGAGGACGAAAUUGUUUCUCAGAAUGAUGUUUCUUCACCAGCAGUUGAUUUCUGUGAGAAGGGGAAUUUUCCUUGAUUGGUGUGCUUGCGGAAAUUGUACCUAUGUACAUUCAAAGGAUGUCUUCGUUGUCAUGAAUUUGAACACUUUAUGUCAGAUUACAAUUAUUAAUAUAUGCACAUAACGUGCAGUUCUCUACACCCAUAUUUUGUCGAGUGUUUUCUUCUUUUUCUUGAUGCAUUGUUAUUGGAUUUGAUUUCAUUUCUUUUUGCUCCAAAACCUUGUCCAUUAAUUCUAACAUAAACCCAUUAUCUUCUGCAGUACAGCAGUGACCCAUUCACUAACAACAAUGUGUCUCAUCUACGUCAGAGCACAUAUGCAUGCUGGGAAAUAAUGGAUGACAUCCGUAAACCUUUCACUUAGAAUAUUUAAUUGAUCAAAUAUCCUAAUACAAACGGGCAAAUUAGAUUCAUGCCACACUAUUUAGUUUCAGGAGGUCUGUUAAAUUUAUAAUGCAACACAUAUUUUUUAGGUUCACUUCCUUUAAGGUGCAUGGUAAAGGUUCAUUGCCUUUCAGAUAAGAUUACUCUUUUAACCUACUAGUAACUAAAAUAUUUUCCUCCAUGAUUCUUUCAACAAAUAGCCACAGGUAGAAACUUGACAAUCAUGUUAUUCAAAUAUUACAGAAAAAUGACGAUGGAUUGAUUUGCUGGUUUUAGAAUGUAGCGGUCAGACGGCUUCUAAUGCUCAGUUGGAAUAGCACCUGACUAGAGAUUCAGGGGUCGGGUUCGAAUCCCGGUCCGGUCCGUUGCAUUUUAUCUUUUCCAGUUAUAUUUGAUGCCGUUGCCCACCCCUGAACUUGCACGUGAAAUCCUGCCAGGAGCAAACAAAAAUUUUGGAUUUGUGUCUUCUAGGGCGAGAACAAUUUUUAAGUAGGGAGGAAUGUAGCGGUCAGACGGGUUCGAUCGCUGGUGGUCAGUUGCUAAAGCGCCUGACUAGAGAUUCAGGGGACCCGGAUUCGAAUCCCGAUCUUGUCCGUAGUUAUAGAAAUACGACAUAAAUGUAUGAGUGUGCUCAAAAGAACAACUAUACUUUGAAGUCAUGGCGUGCAGACCAUGAACUCAACCCUAGAGACCAGAACGAGGCCGCUCUCGAUUGGGUUUUUGUGGCUGACACACUGAAUUUUUCUUUCUGGUCUGAUGAUGAAUCUCACAAAUACUGCAUUAAAUACAAGGGGAGAGAAUACACGGGGUAUUGGUCGUGGUGUGCCGCCCUCAACAGGGCUUUAGACAAUGGUGUCAGAAUUACGGAUGCCAGUUUUUAUGCUGACAUUGAUGAGAAGAAGCUUGCUGAAAUACUAAAAUCAGACUCCGAUGUACCGAUACCGCUACUAGAACAAAGGGUUGAUGUUCUCAGAGAGGCGGGGAAGGUUUUAAUGGAGAAAUACGACGGGAAAUUUUCAAACUGCAUUAAAGCGUGCAAUAAGAGCGCCCAGUCACUGAUGCAGCUGGUCGUCAGGGACUUCCCCUCCUACAGGGACGAAGCCGAGUACCAAAGAAAGAGAGUGUCCAUUUACAAGAGAGCGCAGAUCUUGGUGGCCGACAUUUGGGCAUGUUUUGAGGGGACAAGGUUUGGGGAGUUCCUGGACAUCGACACCAUUACUAUGUUUGCUGACUACAGAAUUCCCCAAGCUUUAUACCACUUUGGUGCACUGUCCUACAGCGAUGAGCUCAUGGAAUACCUUAAAGCAGGGAAUAUGAUGAAAUCGGGUGACAGAUAUGAAGUGGAAAUUCGUGGGUGCAGCAUCUGGGCAACAGAACUGGUUGCAGAGAGAGCAAAUGAAUUGAUUAAGAAAGACCCAUCUCUGAAAGAUGUAGUGAUGAAUUCAAUUCUGAUUGACCACUACCUGUGGGACUUCAGACGAGACCAUGCUGAGGAAAUGCGAGAUAAUAUUCCUUUUCAUCGUAUCCGAUGCAUUUACUAUUGAAGAAUGUAUCCAAUCCUUACGUCACUUCCGCUUAAAUUCUAAACAUGUACAUCAAUGAAUGUUAAUAAAUCAGAUUAUCAUGGC